UAUCGAUAAAGAAGAAGCAAGCAUCUCGGCCAGAAUUUUGGCAUCGCAUUCGCCGAGUCCCUCCCCCCCGGCGCCGUCAAAGUAUCAUGGCCAGCAGAUGACAAUGAAGACCGACUUCAAGUUCUCGAACUUGCUGGGCACUGUCUACUGCCAGGGCAACCUGCUCUUCAGCCCCGAUGGCACCCAUCUAUUCUCGCCCGUCGGCAACCGGGUGACUGUCUUCAACCUGGUCGAAAACAAAUCAUAUACACUACCAUUUGCGCAUCGCAAGAACAUCUCCCGACUUGGGCUGACGCCCCGCGGCAACAUCCUCCUCACUGUCGACGAAGACGGCCACGCGAUCCUCACCAAUGUCCCCCGUCGUAUAGCCAUCUAUCACUUCUCUUUCCGAUCGCAGGUCACGGCGCUCGCAUUUUCCCCAUCGGGCAAGCACUUUGCCGUCGGCCUAGGCCGCAAGAUUGAAGUCUGGCAUGUCCCUUCGACUCCGGACUCCAACGCCGACGGGGAGCUCGACUUUGCUCCCUUUGUCCGCCACCACACUCACACGGGUCACUUUGAUACAGUACGACAUAUUGAAUGGUCGAGCGACUCCAGGUUCUUCCUCACAGCCUCCAGAGACCUGACGACGAGGAUAUGGAGCCUGCACCCCGAGGAAGGCUUCGUGCCGACGGUGCUCUCGGGGCACAAACAAGCGGUCGUCGGCGCAUGGUUCACUGCGGAUCAGGAGGCGAUAUACACUGUGAGCAAGGAUGGUGCUGUGUUCGAAUGGCGCUACGCCAAGCCCAUCAAACGUGUCGAGGACGGAGACAAGAUGGUGGAUGACGAUGACGAAUCCGACAUGCGGUGGAGGAUCGUCCAGAAGCACUACUUCAUGCAGGGAAGUGCCAACGUCAAGUGCGCCGCCUUCCACCCUGAGUCGAACCUCUUGGUGGCCGGCUUCUCCAACGGCAUCUUCGGUCUCUACGAGAUGCCAGACUUUAACAACAUCCACAAGCUGAGCAUCUCACAAAACGACAUUGACUUCGUCACAAUUAAUAAGAGCGGGGAAUGGCUAGCUUUUGGCGCCUCGAAACUCGGGCAGUUGCUUGUGUGGGAAUGGCAGUCCGAGUCUUACAUCCUCAAGCAACAGGGUCAUUUUGACUCGAUGAACUCGCUCGUCUACGCGCCAGACGGCCAGAGGAUCAUCACCACUGCCGAUGAUGGCAAGAUCAAAGUCUGGGACAUUGAGUCCGGGUUCUGUAUUGUCACAUUCACGGAGCACACCAGCGGCGUAACGGCUUGCGAGUUCGCCAAAAAGGGAAACGUGCUCUUCACAGCCAGCCUGGACGGCUCGAUACGCGCGUGGGACCUCAUUCGGUAUCGGAACUUCCGCACAUUCACGGCGCCCACGCGGCUAUCGUUCUCUUGCAUGUCUGUUGACCCGAGUGGCGAGGUCGUGGCGGCCGGUUCGUUAGACUCGUUCGACAUCCACAUCUGGUCUGUCCAAACUGGCCAGCUCCUGGAUCAACUGUCUGGGCACGAAGGACCUGUGUCUGCGCUGGCAUUCUCGCCCAACGGCAACUCACUUAUCAGCGGCAGCUGGGACCGCACGGCCCGGAUCUGGUCCAUCUUUAACCGGACCCAAACGAGCGAGCCGCUGCAGCUGCAAGCAGACGUGCUGGACAUCGCGGUGCGGCCCGACUCGCUGCAGCUGGCCAUCUCCACACUGGACGGACAGCUCACGUUCUGGUCGCUUGCCGACGCGGAGCAGGUGGCCGGGCUGGACGGCCGUCGUGACGUCUCUGGCGGGCGAAAGUUCACGGACCGACGGACAGCGGCCAAUGUCUCGGGCACCAAGAGCUUUAGCUCGAUCCGGUACAGCAUGGACGGGAGCUGCCUGCUGGCUGGCGGAAACAGCAAGUACAUUUGUUUGUACUCGGUGACGACCAUGGUACUGCUCAAGAAGUUCACCGUCAGCGUGAACUUGUCCCUGUCGGGAACGCAAGAGUUCCUCAACAGCAACAGACUGACGGAAGCCGGGCCCAUGGACGAGCUAGACGACCAGGGCGAGGCGUCCGACCGCGAGGACCGCAUUGACAGGACCCUCCCCGGGUCGAAGCGCGGAGACCCGUCCGCCCGGAAGAAGCUGCCGGCGGUGCGAGUCACAAGCAUCGGCUUCUCGCCCUCGGGCUCUUCCUUCUGCGCCGCCUCCACAGAGGGUCUCCUCAUCUACAGCCUAGACACGACGCUGCAGUUUGACCCCUUCGACCUCAACAUGGAGAUCACGCCCGCGUCCACGCUCAACGUGCUCGAGACGGAGCGCGACUACCUCAAGGCGCUGGUCAUGGCGUUCCGCCUCAACGAGGCCGGGCUCAUCAAGCGCGUGUUCCUCGCCGUGCCGCCGCCGGACAUUUCCCUCACGGUGGCCGGCCUGCCGACCGUCUACGUGUCGCGGCUGCUACGCUUCGUCGCCGCGCAAACCGAGGAGUCGCCGCACAUGGAGUUUUGCCUCCUAUGGAUCAAGGCCCUCGUCGACAAGCACGGCGCCUGGCUGACGGCCAACCGCGGCAAGGUUGACGUCGAGCUGCGCGUCGUGUCGCGCGCCGUGGCCAAGAUGCGCGACGAGAUCCGCCGGCUUGCCGACGACAAUGUGUACAUGGUCGACUACCUCCUGGCGCAGCCGGGCAAGGGCCUCAAGGGAGGCGCUGCGCGGGGGCUGCUCCAGUCUCGACCUGACGAGGCGAUGCUUGACCUGGGCGUUGAUGGAAACGUAGGUUCAGGCGGGGAGUCGGACGACGGUGACGGUGAGUGGGUUGGGCUAGACUAACGGGCUAGGUGUUGUCCAUAUAGAAAGCAAUGUAGCAUCUGCAAAUACCCAAAACAUGGU